AUGGCAAUUGUUUUGGUACCAGGACCACUGGACCAAGCAAAGGCAAAUAUUGUGGUGGCCUCUGUUGGAGACAAUCUUGAAAUUCUGGCUUCUAGGAAAGUUAAAUUAGUGGCAGAUCUGCUUCUUGAUGAAGCUGCUAAACUUACAUAUGACCUUGUAGUCUUGCCAGGAGGACUUGGUGGUGCCCAAGCAUUUGCUAAAUCUGAUAAGCUGGUGAACUUGUUAAAAAAGCAAGCGGAAUCAAACAAACCCUAUGGAGCUAUAUGUGCCUCUCCAGCUUUGGUGUUGGGGCCUCAUGGUUUACUCAAGGGGAAAAAGGCCACAGCUUACCCUGCAAUGUGCGACAAGCUAUCAGAUCAAAGUCAUAUUCACAACAGAGUAGUGGUGGAUGGCAACCUCAUUACAAGCAGGGGCCCUGGAACUUCCAUGGAGUUUGCACUAGGAACCGUGGAGAAGUUUUUCGGACGCCCGAAAGCCUUAGAGCUAGCAAAAGCACUGCUUGUUGUACGCCAGUAGAUGAACUAGUAUGAGUGUUUGGUCCUGCCCAUAUUACCGUAUAGCCUGCUAUGAGACGAUAUAUGAGACUAUAGAAGGUGAGUUUGAA